UUGAGGAUUCGGCAACUUUCCGGGCAACAGGCAAACCACUUUCAGUUGUUUUUGUCGUGAACGGGGACAGCAGUUGACCUCUCCACACACACAGACACACACUUGCACCAAAUAGAAGAACUGAAGGCCAAAUGAAAUAAACGCUUGCGAGCGCCUAAUUUUCUCUAUUUUUUUUUUUAAUCUUUUAAGUACCGGUAAUGGUCAAACGUUGUACACACUUGUUGAAAGUGGGAUUCCCAUUUUCCAUUCUACUGAUCAAAUCUUGCAGCGCACAGUGUUUCAUCGGAGUUUUCAAAAAUACUAUGGAGGGAUUUGAGUUGUGACUGUUCCAAGAGCUUCUGGAUUCUGAUCUUCUUCCUCUCUUCAGUUUUUAACUGUUUUUUGAUCUGGAAUGGCGGCAAUACUGGCUUCUCAUAGCUGCUGUUGCCGCAUUGGACAGUUAAUACAUCAUGGAAAACUAGGAGACAAUCUUACUUUUUCGAGUUCGUUGGUGAACUAUAAUUACUCAGAAUUGGACAAUGAUGUAAAAGAUCUUGUUAAACCUAGGAAACUCCCUAGAUUUCAAUUUGAAAUGCAGGAGAGAGAAUUGCCAGCAAAACCAGGUCCUAAUGGCCGAGUUAUCAAAAUGGUGCCUACGACUGAGAUCAGAAAACGAAUGUCGCCAUCCAUAAGUACACCGGAGAUUGUAAAUGGAUCCGUCAAGAAUGUUAACGGCGUCAAUGUAGUUAAAGGAGGAAGCCUCGUUAAGAAAGACCCCACUCCGCCCCUUUUGAGAUCGCCGAGGGCUAAAGAGCUUCCGCCUGUUGAAGGGCUGAAUGUUUUGCCUUCCGAUGAAGGUUUCAGCUGGGCAAAUGAGAAUUAUAACUCCGUUCAGAGAACUAUUGACGUGUGGUCCUUUGUCAUUGCAUUGCGUGUGCGUGUUUUUCUGGACAAUGCAAAGUGGACUUACAUUGGAGGCUUCACCGAUGAUAAGCAGGUUGCAAGAAGACGGAAAACGGCCUCAUGGGUACGGGAUUCUCUGCUGCAACUUGGUCCCACUCUUAUCAAACUGGGGCAGUUAUUGUCCACAAGAUCCGAUCUAUUUUCCAAAGAAUUUGUUGAAGAGCUUGCCAAAUUGCAGGACAGAGUACCUGCUUUCCCGCCAAGCAAAGCAAAGAAGUUGAUUGAGAAGGAAUUGGGUGCUCCAAUUCAUGUGUUGUUCAAGGAGUUCGAAGACUUUCCAAUCGCAGCUGCUAGUCUUGGUCAGGUUCACAGGGCUGUCCUACACAACGGAGAGAAAGUAGUGGUGAAAGUUCAAAGACCAGGACUGAAGAAACUUUUCGACAUCGAUCUUCGAAAUUUCAAGAUGAUCGCCGAGUACUUUCAAAAAACUGAAACUCUAGGUGGUCGAGAUUGGGUCGGAAUAUACGAAGAAUGUGCCAAGAUUUUGUAUGAAGAAAUUGAUUACGUAAAUGAAGCGAAGAAUGCCGAUAGAUUCCGUCGGGAUUUUCGAAAUAUAAAGUGGGUCCGAGUACCUAUGGUCUUUUGGGAUUAUACUGCAAUAAAGGUGUUAACGUUGGAGUAUGUUCCAGGCAUUAAGAUAAACCAACUGGAUCUGAUAGAAGCAAGGGGAUACAGUCGAUCUAAAAUUUCGUCACGUGCUAUUGAAGCCUACUUAAUUCAGAUACUAAAGACUGGUUUCUUUCAUGCUGAUCCUCACCCCGGAAAUCUUGCUAUUGAUGGGGAUGGAGCACUCAUAUACUAUGAUUUUGGUAUGAUGGGAGACAUUAAGACCUUCACAAGGGACAGGCUGUUGGAACUUUUCUACGCCGUUUAUGAAAAGGAUGCAAAGAAGGUUAUGCAAAGUCUCAUAGAUCUUGGAGCACUUCAGCCCACGGGAGACAUGUCACCAGUGAGGAGAUCCAUACAGUUUUUCUUGGAUAAUUUGUUGAAUCAAAGACCCGAUCAUAAGCAAACUUUGUCGGCAAUUGGCGAGGAUUUAUUUGCGAUAGCAACCGAUCAGUCGUUCAGGUUUCCUUCCACUUUCACGUUUGUGAUCAGGGCAUUCUCGACACUCGAAGGCAUUGGAUACACUUUGGAUCCAGAUUUUUCGUUCGCCAAGAUUGCCGCACCGUAUGCACAGGAGCUCCUAAGUGUAAGACAACAGCAGCGGACGGGGACACAAGUUGUUCAAGAAAUACGGAAACAAGCUGAUGAUGCUAGAACGUAUACUAUAUAGAUGCCUUACCGAAUACAGCGGAUAGAAGAGAUUGUGAAACAGCUUGAAUCUGGAGAUCUGAAGCUCCGAGUUCGAGUUCUUGAGUCGGAGAGAGCAGCUCGGAAAGCAACCAUACUGCAGAUGGGAACCAUAUACACAGUUGUAGCAAGUACCCUACUCAACCUCGGAAUGACAUUGAGCAAGCAAGGCAGUCGGAUUGUUGCAAGCGGUUCGUUCAUUGGCGCAGGUAUUUUUUUCGCUCUAUUCAUCCGAUCCAUGCAAAGGGUGAAAAAUCUCGAUAAAUUUGAGAAAAUGAUAUGACAUACGGUUUCUAUAUAUAGACUCUUUCGACUUGUUUCGUUAGUUAGAUGCUCGUAAGAGGUGAACGCAACUUCUUAGAUUCGAGAAAUAAACGAGAAAUAAUGGGAUUAAUUGUUUUACUUUGUCUAUAUAUUCUUCCUUGUAUACAUGCAAGAGGUGAAAACCUUGAAAUUAUUUUUGAGGAUAUAUAUUGUGAAUUUAUUCCUUCAAUUGUUAUAAA